CACCUCCGUUCGGACCAGGUGGACUGGAAGGGGCGGAGGUAACCAGAAGAGGCCAGUGGUGGCCGCCAGUGGUCCUCCACCCCCUCCACGCAGCGCUAGCGACAAGCGUGCCGGGAAGCGGGAGCGAGCGGCGAGACCAGCUGCGUUCUGGGCCCCGGCACCGCUGCCAUCUGCUCUGCGAAGCACCAGGUCGUCCCCGCCGCGCUCGGUUCGAAGUCGGCCACCAUGGAGGCACAGGCACGAGGUUUGCUGGAGACGGAACCAUUGCAAGAAAGAGAUGAAGACGCCGUAGCCAGUGCUGACUUCUCUAGCAUGCUUUCUGAGGAGGAAAAGGAAGAGUUAAAGGCAGAAUUAGUGCAGCUAGAAGACGAAAUUACAACUUUGCGACAAGUUUUGUCAGCGAAAGAAAGGCAUCUGGUUGAGAUAAAGCAAAAACUCGGCAUGAAUCUGAUGAAUGAAUUAAAACAGAACUUCAGCAAAAGCUGGCAUGACAUGCAGACUUCCACUGCCUACAAGAAAACACAUGAAACCCUGAGUCACGCAGGGCAGAAGGCAACUGCAGCUUUCAGCAAUGUGGGGACGGCCAUCAGCAAGAAGUUUGGAGACAUGAGGUCUCACUCCAUCGGCUACUCCAUUCGCCAUUCCAUAAGUAUGCCUGCUAUGAGGAAUUCUCCUACUUUCAAAUCAUUUGAGGAGAGGGUUGAGACAACUGUCACAAGCCUCAAGACGAAAGUAGGUGGGACGAACCACGGCGGAGGCAGUUUUGAGGAGGUGCUCAGCUCCACGGCCCACGCCAGCGCCCAGAGCUCUGGAGGCCCCCGGCGGGCGGAGGAGGAGGAGGAGCUGCAGUGCUAGGGGCAGCCAGCCGGGGCCAGUCCACCAACCAGCCAUGCCCCGCCGGCCUCUGCUCACACCUACCCAGAUAGGAAGACCAAAAUCCUACUGGGAGAAACCCAAGCCUUGACAUGGUUACUCAAAUGGCCUCUCCAGAAAGUUUAAUAAAAUGAUUUCCAUUUGUAUUUGUGUUGACGAUGGACCACUUAACCAUCGCUCAUAGAUUGUUACCUUUUAAAAUGUCCCACCUUGAGCAGGUACACAAUUGGUGGUAACUCUUCUCUGCGUAAUUCCAGGUCUGUUUUCCAAACGUGUAGCUAGUAUUUGCUUUCAUUCUUGCUUGGCCUCCUGUGCGAUGUGCAUGUCCUGGAAGGCUGAGGGAACCCUGGGGAUCAGCAGGGUGGAUCUCCUUAUGACUGUCUCUGGCAAGUGGAUGACUUCCUGCAAACCCCAUCUAACCACUUGUCAUCUCCUUCCCCUACAUCAAUUAUGUCCGCUUAUUUAAACAAUUAAAAUAAUUGGUUUUAA